AUGGUGCGACGAAAAUUGGGUAUGGUGCGCUGCCAGUUGGGGAGGGUGCGACAUGACGUCACUAUUAAAUUUAACCGCCGCCCACGUAUGGAACGAAGACUAAGAACUCAGCUGGAAAAAAAUCGAAACGGAGUCGGAAAUGAAAAAAAAAAGGAAAUGCUUUUGCCACGCAACAUAGUUGCCUGUAUCGCAGCGAUCUGCAGGCGACAUAGCCAAAGCUUCGAUUUCGUCAAAGUCUCGCUGCCAUAUCGCUCCCUCUCAAAAAUUUGAAAUUAAAAAAACAUUUGAAGGAAUUUUCUCAGGGAGCGUUAUAGUGCAAGAUUUUCGCGAGGUCGCAAGGAGAGGCGCGCGAUAUAGCAAUACUCUCGCUGCGAUAUAGCCCAUAAUAUUGAGUGACUACUUCAUAGUCUUGUAAAAUGAAACUCUGGUUUCUUAAGAUGGUAUGACGACCAUCCACUGACAGUUCUGCCACAUUUGGACGAAUCGGACGCAAAUCGCCUGGGGUUGAUAGAAAGAGGUAGACUUUAAGACUAAAAGAGAAUUUUACAGCCCGGAUCUUACGGUUCCGUUGCUUCAAAUGGGGCUCAGCCUUUUCGAAGAGAAGUCUGAUUCGAGCAAAGAGAAAAAAUUCAAGCAGAAGUUCGUCGCGAAAACGACUCUCGACGAAAAGCAAAUCAAUGAGGUAUUUUUUUAUAUUUUUUUCUUUUUUUAACAGGAAGCAAUUUCUAAACUUCUGAAAUAACUUCCGGUUUAUUUCAUCAUCUAAAAAGCAUUUUUUUACGGGUGAAGAAUUUAUUUGAAAUGGGAACAGGUUUUUGAAUCUUUGGGGGUUUUUAACUUCAAAAAUAUCUAUUUUUUUCAAUGCGUUUUUCGAUUAAAAAGAGAGGAUGAUUAAUCAUUCAACAAACAAGUUUUUUCAAAUAAUUUUCUAAACAAAUAAAAACAUUUCAUGUGAUAUUUUAAGGUGAUGAAUGCAGUAAAGCGGUACCCUACAGUAACCCCUCGACAUCUUCGACUUGUCGCCAAGAACGAGGAGAUCGACGUCUCCGACUUCGGCUCCGUCGGUGCCAAAACGCAGCGAAAAUGGAUCAAAGUGUCCGCGGGAGCUCUCUUCCGGCUGAAGCUCGAUCUUCAUGUCGCUGGAUCUGACAAGGUGAAAACCUUUUUCCGUUUUCACCCUUUAAUUGAUACACGCAUUUUUUGCUAGUAGUAAUAAAUUGAACAGAUUUGGACGCAUAGAAACUUUAAGGAGGAUCCAAAAUAAUUUUUUUCCGAAGAAUUUCAUCGUAAUUUCUACUAUGAAAUUUUUUUCACGUUUUCAUUUGAAAAAAAUAAAAAAAUAAAAAAAGUUUCAAAGAAAAGUAACACUGGCAAUAACCCUUGGAGGGACACUCUGUCAUUUUUAUAUGAAAUUUUUUUCAAUAACUUUAAUUUGAAUGCUUCUGGAAGACGAAAAAAAAUGAAAUUUUCUUUGAGUUCGCGGCGGAAGCCUUCCUGCCCUUGUGGCCCAAAGAGAAAGCGGCCGGCUGGAUGAUCUUGGCUGCGGAUUUGGACACGGACCAACUUCUGUCCUUCUCGUACGUUCCGCCUGUCAGAGGAUCUCAGUGCGCCCGAAUCGAGGUCAAGAUGCCUUCGAAAAGGUUUCUACCUCUUUAUAUAACUAUUGAAAGUGGACGAUUUUCAGUGGACGCUUCAUUUUGUCUCUCGUUAUGAUGAGCGACUGCUACCUUGGAAUCGACCAGGAGUAUUCGAUCCCUGUCGAAGUUUGUUGA